AUGGCGAGCAUUAAGGCUUGCAACGACUGGCAUGUCAGGGUCGUGAGCCGGCGCCUGGUGAAGGCCUCCGACACCUCCAUUAAGCAUCACGUCGUCACCGUGUCCAACCUCGACAUCAUCGCACGGAUCUUACAGGUCUCCAUGUUCUGUGUCUACGCCAAGCCGCCGGCUGGUGAAUUCGACGCUGUCGUCGCUGCCUUCGAGGCCGGAUUGCCUUCUUUCCUGAACCAUUUCUUCCCGCUAGCCGGCCGCAUCGCGAUGGACAACACGAGCUCUGGCGUCCCCGUGGUCCAUUGCAGCAACCAAGGCGCCGAGCUCGUGGUCGGGGAGGCUGGAGUCAUGCUGCGGAGCCUUGACUACGGUGCAAUGGGCCCGUCAUUACAGAAGAUCGAGCUGCCGUACGGCGAGGACAUGGCGCUGUCGGUGCAGGUGGUGUCCUUCGCGUGCGGCGGCUUCACCGUGGCGUGGCGCACCAAUCACGUCGUCGUCGAUGGGUGCGCACUGAGCUCUCUGGUCUCCGCGUGGUCCGCGUUCACACGCUCAGGGGGGACGCUCCCCGCUGCGGUCCGGCGGCCGAACUACGACCGCUCGAUCUUCCGCCCGCGCUCGCCGCCGUCCUACAGUGCCUCCCUCGACGCCGCGUUCACGCCGUUGGACGCCCGGUGCCAGGUUAAUUGCCUCACCGCCGACCAUAGCUCCGUCCUCCGCUUCUAA